UUUAAGAAUUUCCAUUUUUUUAUAUUCUAAAACUUUUUUUUUGAGACAGAGUUUUUCUGUAGCUUUGGUCCCUGUCCUGGAUCUCGCUCUGUAGACCAGGCUGACUUCGAACUCACAGAGAUCUGCCUGUCUCUGCCUCCCGAGUACUGGGAUUAAAGACCUGCACCACCACUGCCCAGCUUAUAUUCUGGAGCUUUUAUCUUUAGAUAGUAAACUUCUCUAUUCCUAGUGAUGCCAAAUAUUGACAUUUGUCUUUUUGUCGAAGAUUUUCAUAUUAUGUAAAUGAGUGUUUUGCCUGCAGGUAUGACUACUUACCGUCUGUGUGUGUACAAUGCCCACAGAGGCUAAACACGGGCAUCAGAUCUCCUGGGACUGCAGUUACAGAUGGUUACAAGCUGCCAUGUGGAUGUUGGGAAGCAAACCAUGGUCUUCUGCAAGAGCAGCCAGUACUCUGAACUGCUGAGCCGUCUCUGGUCCCCUUAGCGGUUAUCUUUGUUUGUUAGUAAUUUGGCUGGAUCGACUUUCCUCUGAUUACCAAAUACAACUUCCCCAUCCCUUUACCCUCUGCCUUUUCUAGUCCUUGUGUCUUAAGUGUGUCUUCUUACAGGGUGAUCAAAUUGUCAUCCACUUCAAGACACUUUCGAUAAAAGGAAAGGACCAAGAUGGAAGAAAAACAGAAUUCCGAGCCAGCAUUCGGACCCCAGAGUCCCAGGAGCACACAGCAGCAUGAGAUCUCCUUCCCUUCCCAUUCCUGGUCCUUGGAGAUAUUGUUACGCAGAUUGAAGGCCCUAGAUGCCAGGAGAGAGGACAAGCUGACCAGUGUCAUGGAUACCUUGGGGGAGUUUGGCACAUUCCAGUGGAGGCUGGUGGCCCUCACCUUGAUCCCCAGCAUGCUGUCCUCCUUCUUCAUGCUUUCUGACCACUUCAUGCUCACAGCCCAGAGGCCCUACUGUAACACCAGCUGGAUCCUGGCAGUGGGCCCCAACCUCUCAGUGGCUGAGCAGCUGAACCUGACCCUGCCCCGAGCACCCAAUGGCAGUUUCCUGACAUGCCUCAUGUACAUACCUGUGUCAUGGGAUCUAGAUUCUAUCAUCCAUUUUGGCCUCAAUUAUACAGAAACCUGCAAAUAUGGGUGGAUCUAUCCUUAUGCUGACAAGCGCUCUCUGAUCAAUGAGUUUGACCUGGUGUGUGGUAACGAACCGAAGAAGGAAAGCAUGCAGACUGUGUUCCUGGCGGGAAUCCUGACAGGCUCUCUCCUCUUCGGGUUCUUAAGUGACAAGAUGGGCCGCUAUCCGACCAUCCUGAUGUCGCUGCUGGGGCUCCUCAUCUUUGGCUUCGGAACAGCCUUUGUGAACAGCUUUUACCAGUAUCUGUUCUUCCGCUUCGUUGUGGCCCUGGCGGCUGUGGGCUAUGCCAUCAGCAGCGUGUCUUUAGUCAUGGAGUGGCUGGUGGGUGAGCACCGGGCCCACGCUGUCGUUCUGGCGCACUGCUUCAUUGCUGUAGGGGUUCUUUUCCUGUCGGGGUCUGCCUACAAAAUCUUCCACUGGAGGCUGCUGUUCUUGUUGGGCGGCAUGCCCAUCUUUCCCCUCAUCUCCAAUAUCUGGGUUCUCCGAGAGUCCCCACGAUGGCUGAUGGUGAAAGGGAAAGUGGAGGAGGCCGUAAAGGUGCUGUGCUAUGCGGCUGAGGUGAACAAGACGGCCAUUCCUUUAAAUCUACUAAAUGAGCUGCAGCUGCAGAGAAAGAAGGUGACUAAGGCCUCCAUCAUGGACUUCUACACCAACCAGCACCUCUUCAAGGUGGUCUUGUCCAUGGCCUGUGUGUGGUUUACCGUCAGUUACAUCUAUUUUACGCUGAGCCUCAAGCUGAAGGAUUUCGGGGUAGACAUCUACUUCAGACAAGUGAUCCCAGCCAUUCUGGAGGUGCCAGCCCGGCUGUGCUGUAUGCUUCUCCUGGAGCACUUGGGGAGGAGAUGUAGCCUGUUCCUGAGUCUCAUCCUAGUUGCCAUCAUGUGUUUGUUUCUCCUUUUCCUCCCUCAAGAGCUGAAGACGACGAUAGUCUUGGUGCUUGUGCUUGGAGAGUUUAGCCUGGCUGCCACUGUCACUAUAUUCUUGGUCUACACUGCUGAGCUCCUCCCCACUGUCCUCAGGUCUACAGGUCUGGGGAUGGUGUCUCUAGCCUUGACAGGUGGAGCCAUCACAGCUCUGACCAUCUUCAACCAGAUCAAAACACAGCUGCCCAUCUUCUUCUGCUGUCUCUCUUGUGUCGUGGCCUUGUGCUUCUCCUCCUUGGUGCCAGAAACAGGAAACAAGCCUCUCAAUGAUGGCAUAGAAUACAGUACAAGAGAGUCUAUUGACUUCAAGAGGAGAAGCCAGGAAAUUGCUGCAAUGAUUAUAGCUGGGGAGUCAGUGUCUGAUGUUGUGAUUGAUGAAGUGACAAAGAAUACCAUUCUCAAUGCCAUGCCUCUGCAAUCAGAAGUAGACAUGUUCUUCAACACAGCCUCGGAGAAGCCCAGCACCAGUGAAGUACCCAGUCCAGCUCCCUGAGGACCAGCUUCCCCAGAACAUUUUGGAUUGGAGUUUAAUGGCUGGGUGGGGGGCCAUGGAUUCAAGGCCUCAAACUCUAGUUCCAGUCUGGUAUGUGGGCAGAGUAUGUCCUUCUCCAAGGCCAGCCCCCAGGAUCCAAAAAUAGCCCCUUCUGAAGGAGGAGCUAAGUUGUGAUUCAUUCCAAUAAAAUAUCAUGUUGGUCUUGAAAUGGUUAGGUCAAGGUUGGCUGUGUCCUGACAACCCAGAGACUGUGGCCUAGACAGGUAUGGGGUGGUGAUUAGAUGGGCAACUAAGCCUUUUCAGGACCUUUGGCUAAACCUUCAGGGAUAGAGUGGGUGUGGGAUGGGCAAUAUAUCUGAAGUCCGGAGACAGAACAAGGGUACCAAUAAUACCUUCUAGCCCAGCCAUCAGCUCAAGCUCAGACCAAGGCCAGAAUUCAUGAAGGUAUGGAUGGAAUGUGAAUGAUUAAUGAGAACAUCUCUCAUUGCUUAGGGUAUUCUCACUCUUCCCCUUGAUAUUCCAAAUAAGCAUGACUUUAAAACUGAUCUAUCUCAACUCAAGAUUUAUCCUGAGAGAUGCCCUACUGAUAGCUCCAGUGAAGCUGGCCUCUGACUUCCACCACCCCAAGAAAAAGCCCCUGUGACAUUUCAUGUUAAUUGUCAACUUGACAUGAUCUACAAUCACCUGGGGAUCAUGCCUAUGGGUGAUUAUCUUGAUCAGGUUAGUUGAGGUCGGAAGACCUGCCUGCUGUCUAUGAUGCCAUUCCUUGAGUUGGGUCCUGAACUGCAUAAGAGGAAAGUUAGCUGAGAAGCAGCCAGUGUAUAUUCAUCCCUUUCUGCUUCUUGACUGCCGAUGUAAUGGGAUCACUUAAUUUCAAGGUCUCCACCCUGAUAAACUGUAACCUCAAACUAUAAAACUAUGA